AUGCCCUUCAAUAUCGACUUUUUUCCCGUCAAGCAACUGUAUCUGUUUCAACAGCUGUUUGGUACACACUACGUAUACAUGGUGGCCGGUACAGCAUCAUGGAUGGUGGUUGAAACCAUCGAGCAUAUAGCCUCCAGGAUCAGGCAUGUCACGUAUUUGUUCAACAAGGCUUUGCGAGAAAGAGAUCCGAGGAAGAAGAGAAUGAAGUUCAAUUCUGCUGUAAGAUACCAUGUCGCCGUUUUGAAAUUAGAAGAUGCAUUCAAUAAAUCCUUUGGUUUAUUCAUGUUCACUCAUAUGGUGAUGGCUGGAGCUAUAAUGGGAUAUGGAGUUUACGCAUUCACGAAGAUUGGCCUCAAACUAUUAUCACCAACAACAUUCUUGAGAGUCAACAUAGCAAAUCCGGGCUAUGCCCACAUAAUGAGCUUCAGAAGACAAGUCUUUAUAGCUCCUCUUGAAAACACCACCAUCCCAAAUUCCAUCCUGAUCAAUUAUGAAAAUACUCCCUACAGAAUAUUCCUAUCAUUGGAUAACCUCACUUGUUUUAAGUGUAAGAAGCCCGGCCACAUAUCAUCGCAAUGUACAAAUGAAAUCCCACAGCAACUCAGUGAACCUCCUAUUAUAUCCCCUCCUGCAAAUGAAUCACGCAUUCCACCUGCUUCUGAAAAUAUGAAGAUGAUGCUGGGACCUCUGCUCAGAAUGAGAAUAGUGAAAAUGGAACAGUUGAGGAUAUCACUAAUGAUGGCAUUGAUGCCAAUCAAUCUCAAUCUUCAUCAAGUAAUUCAACAGUAUGGGAGGAAAUUCCCAUUAGUGAAGUGUUUGCUAGACCCCCACUUUGGGACCACAGGCUACCACUAUCAGAACGCCAAAACUUAA